AUGCAAAAGAAGAACUGCAGGUGGAAACCGGACGAAACUUCUUCAGAGUGCCAACAAUGUGCCCAAGCGUUUGAUUUCUUCAGCAGGCGGCACCACUGCCGAUGUUGUGGGGGCCUCUUUUGUGGUUGUUGCUCGGGCUCCUUCAUUCCACGCGAGCUGUUGCAUAAAGUUUGUCAAGUGAAGGAAAUAAAACCACAUCAUCCACAUGUGGACAACAAUCCGGAGGAAAAGGAAACGCAAAGUGGUGGGAACCCGUCUCUUUUCGCGGGUCUCAUAAAUACUUUCAUGGGGAGGCUCUCGGCUUUACAGCGUGUGUGUUUAAAAUGCCAUUGGAAGGCGCGGAGACUUUUAGAAGCCUUUACAGAACCAUCCAGCAGUGCCGCAGAUCCCACUACAACUCAUCCGUCUUAUCCAAUAAAAUGUACUUUACCCGGCAGUGGCAGAGAGCGGAAGAUUUAUGUUAUUUCUCUGCGUGGCAAAUCUCUAUUUGAUAAGCGUGACUAUGUUGGGUUGUCGGCAGUCUUUGAAGAACUUGAGCGACUUAUCGGAGAAGGUACCGGUGUCCCCAAUGCAACAGACGAGUGUCAUGAUGGUCGAAGUCAUAGCGCAACUCUCAACCCCAGUCCAUCAAAUGACUCAAUUUCUACGCUUUACAGUAGUGAUCAAAGUACAUUUGAGGCCACCUUAUGUUUUGAUGAAGCGGGAGCACACCGCUGGAAACGCCGGCGAGGGAUUAUGAACCUGGAGGAAUCACCUCGGAAGAGUUACCACAGAGUUACAUUGCAGGUGCCAGUUCUGAUACCAGAGUGUAAAGGUGGUGAUACGCUUGCAGGCACUGUAAGUAAUGUGCGAGUUCGUACUCGACUUGUUGGACUUACUCAACAGCAAAGUUUCAACCGUGAGGUUUUACAACAGGAAACAAUUGGUACUGAUGCGUAUGUCAUACUUCCUGAUGAGGAACUUGGACCCGUUCCGCGAUAUAGUGGUAUUACUCCUGAAAGUAGCUUUGUACUUGAUGCCUUUGGCACACCUGCAACAGGAAAUGGAAGUGUGGUAUCCGAGCCAUCAUAUUUCGCGGCGAAUUCAACACUCAACCCUUCGGGAGUUGUCUCGCGUCUUAAUCGUGGAAUCGACUGGUUGGCCCACGGCACGUCGAUGGAUGGCAUUCGUUACGUGUGGGAAACAAUUGAGCAAUUUGGAGGAGCAACGCCUAUUUGUGCUGUAAUUGAUUACACACCAUGUGAUAAGGAAACUUCAACACCAGGAAGUCCCGUCACUGCGGACACGAGCAAAUGCCGCAGUGAUGGCGCCUAUACAUUUGGAAGCGGCCCAAUUUAUGUGCAUUGCCACAAAAGUGAAGAACAGCGAUAUCCAUCUGUGAGGGAGCAGGCGUCUGCAUUACAUCGGGCCUUACUGCUUGUUGUUGGCAAAGUUAUUGUUCGUGAUUGGUUACAACAGAAUGUGUAA